AUGAAAUCUCUUUCUUUUUCUCAAGGUAAAAGAGUUUGUUUUGAACCAAUCAAAGAAUUGGAAGUUUAAGAGUUCGACUAAAACUAAAAACGAUUCAUCAAGGUUAAAAUACAAGUUGCCAUAAAUAAUGGUAACCUAAUAAUGUUCUCAUAUAAGAAUUAAAUUAUAAGAAAGUAAAAUAUGUUAAGUAGUUUAGAGCUCAUUUUAGUGAUUUUUAUACUAAUAUCGAUAUGUUUGAGAAUAUAGAAUAAAUAAAAUAUUUAGAAUGGUAAGGUGAAUAUGGACCAACUCAAAGAAGAUAAGGUAAAUGGAUUGCAACUUGGAAAGGAAUAAGAAUUAUAGAGGUUGGUGGAUACUACUAAGAUGAUAUAAAGAUGGGCUUAUGGAAACAACCAAUUACUAAUUAUGGGGAGUAAACUUGAAAUAAUUAUUUUUAUAAUAGUAAAGCCAAAGUAUAUGAAAGUGGGGAGUACUUUGAGGAUUAAAAAUGCGGGAGAUGGAAUUACAUUUAUAAAGAUGCCAUUAUGUAUUACAUUUAAUUGAUUUAAUAGUGGUGGAGGAUCAUAUGAUGAAAGGCAAAAUGGCAUUAAAAUUGGAAAAUGGAUUGAAUUACAUCAAAGAUUUCAUGAGAAGAAUUAAGUAUUUUUAAAUGGCGAAUACAAAAAUGGGAAAAAAGUUGGUUUAUGGGAUAUUAAUUUUAUAAAUUUCUACAAUAAAAAAUUCUCAUAAAUGUAUCAGCUAUAUAAAUUUAGCAACAAAUGCAAUUUGUUUUCUUAGUGGGGGUGGAUCAUACGAUGAUAGAGGAGAUGGUCUUAAAAUUGGGAGAUGGAUUGAAUUAGAUGAAGGGUUUUCUUAAGAAGGCUAAAUAAUUCAUAGAGGUGAAUAUGUGAAUGGUAAAAAAGUUGGUAUUUGGGAUAUUUAUUUCAAUGGAAUAAUCUAAAAGAUGUAAAAAUGAUAUUAAUUCUUAAUCAAUUAAAAUUUUUGCCUUAGUGGGGGUGGAUCAUAUGAUAAUAAUGGAGAUGGCAUUAAAUUAGGAAAAUGGAUUGAGUUAGAAGAGGGAUUUUAUAAUUACAAAUUAGUAGUUCAUAAUGGUGAAUACAAAAAUAGCAAAAAAGUUGGAAAUUGGGAUAUUUAUUAUAGAUCUUCCAUUGAUGAAGAAAUCUAAAAAAUGUAAUAAUUAUAUAUAUUUCUUAAUUCAUGCAAAUUUGUUGUUGUAGUGGGGGUGGAUCAUAUGAUGAUAGAGGAGAUGGUAUUAAAGUUGGGAGUUGGAUUGAAUUAGAUAAGGGAUUUUUUCUUCACAAUUAAUUAAUUUAUAAUGGCUAAUAUACAGAAGGGAAAAAAUUUGGUAGAUGGGAUUUAAAGUUUAGGGCAAGUUAUUGUAAUUAAUUCAGAAAAUUGUAAAUAAAUAUUGUAAUAUAUUUUUUGAUAGUGGAGGUGGAUCAUACGACAAAAGUGGAGAUGGCGUAAAAAUUGGAAAUUGGGUGGACUUGUAUGAGGGAUUUUCAGAGGAUUGUUAGUUAAUUUAUAAUGGUGAAUAUCAAAAUGGUAAAAAGGUUGGCAGAUGGGAUAUUAAGUAUAGGAAUAAUUGGUGUUAAUAAUUCUCAGAAAUGUAAAAAAUAUAAUAAAAGGUGUAAAACGAAUUAUAUGUCAAAUAUUUGUGUUAGUGGAGGCGGGAUAUUUGAGGCAGCUGAAAAUGAGUGUAAGUAAGGUAAUUGGGUAGAGAUAUUGAAUGUUUUCAAUAAAUAGUCUUAUGCAAAGUAUAAAGGAGAAUAUAAAGAUGACAAAAGAAUAGGGCAAUGGGAUAUUUUGGUUCAUAAUAAUGGAAAUGAUGAAAAGAUGUAAAAAUAUAUUAUUAGUUUACAAUAAUUUUAUGAAAAUUUUUGUUCUAGUGGUGGAGGAUUGUAUGAUUAAUUAGGUAACGAAACUAAAUUGGGUUAAUGGAAUGAAUUAUCAGAUGAUUUCAAUUUUUACUUCUAAACAAUAGAUAAUGGCGAAUAUAGAGAUGGUAAAAAAGUUGGCGUAUGGGUACACAUGUAUAGAGGUUAUAAUCAGGAGAAAGGAUUCAAGAUAGGCCACGAAACUAAAUAUGAGAUAUGA